GUUUUCUGCUCACUUUCUCUCUCCCGCUUUUUUCAUUUUCCUUCUUCCCAAACACCAGAUCUAUCCUCAAUUCCCACCAAAAGACUCCCUUUUCCCACAAUUCCGUUACUUUCCCUCCUUUUCUUUCCUUCAAACAACCAAUAAAACCCAAAAAUUCAUUCUUUUUCCUUUUUUUAGUUAAAUUUUAAGUUUUUAUGUGAUGUCGGGUUCUCAAGCUCCGGAGCAGUUAAAGCAAUCCAUGCAACAGCGGCAAAAUCAACAGCCACUAAAACGACAGCUACCUUUCUCUAUGAAGCCGCCGUUUAUGGCUCCUGGAGGCGACUACCACCGCUUUGCUUCAACUGAGCCUUACCGCAUCGCCGAUCAAGAAGCCGAAGCAAUCGUCGUUAAGUCUCCCUUAAAGAGGAAGAGUGACAUAGCAGAUCGAGAAGUUGAGCCUAAUGAGUGGGCAAUGCCUCCAGGAUGUACUGAAGUGGUUAGCAGUCCCCUCCAGACACCUGUAGCAGGAAAAGGGGGAAAGGCUCAAAAAACAUCAAGGCUAGCAAAAAUCAGUAAAUCUGGUCCUCAAACUCCUGCUUCAAAUCUUGGCUCUCCUGGCAAUAAUCUCACUCCUGCAGGUCCCUGUCGUUAUGACAGCUCCUUAGGGCUUUUGACAAAGAAGUUCAUCAAUUUGAUUAAGCAAGCUGAAGAUGGUAUUCUUGAUUUAAAUAAAGCUGCUGAUACAUUGGAGGUGCAAAAGAGGAGGAUAUAUGACAUAACCAACGUCCUUGAAGGAGUUGGUCUCAUUGAAAAGAAACUCAAGAACAGAAUCCAGUGGAAGGGGCUUGAUGUCUCAAGGCCAGGGGAGAUUGAUGAGAGUGUUGCUACAUUGCAGGCAGAGGUUGAGAACCUUUCUAUUGAGGAACACAGAUUAGAUGAACAAAUAAGAGUAAUGCAAGAAAGAUUGAGGGACCUCAGUGAAGAUGAAAACAAUCAAAAGUGGCUUUUUGUCACAGAGGAAGAUAUCAAGAGUUUACCCUGCUUCCAGAAUGAGACACUGAUAGCUAUUAAAGCUCCACAUGGAACCACUCUGGAAGUCCCAGAUCCUGAUGAGCAGGCUGUAGACUAUCCCCAGAGGAGAUACAGGAUUGUCCUCAGAAGCUCAAUGGGUCCUAUAGAUGUUUACCUUGUCAGUCAAUUUGAGGAGAAAUUUGAAGAGAUACAAGGUGUAGAUCCACCUCCAAACUUUCCAUCAACUUCAGGCUUGAAUGAUAACCCAGCAACAACAAUGGUAACAGAAGAGAGCAGAGGGAAGGAGAUUGAAAUGCAGGGCCAAGAUACUAAUAGAAUGUGCUCAGAUCUUAAUUCGUCACAGGACUUUGUUAGUGGGAUCAUGAAGAUUGUUCCCUCAGAUGUUGACAUUGAUGCUGAUUAUUGGCUUCUAUCAGAUCCUAGUGUUAGCAUCACUGACAUGUGGCGGACUGAACCUGGGGUUGAAUGGAAUGAAUUUGAUACAGUUCAUGAUGACUAUGGCAUGGCUGCUGUUGGCACGCCACAUCCCCAAACACCUCCAUCAAAUGCAACUGAAGUGCCUUCUGCUAAUUCAACCGAGAGGUGAAAGGCAUAUUUGCACGUGUGAAAUCGAAGAUUCCUUGACUUUUUUUUUUGGUUGAGAGCAUUCCUGAUACUUUGGAGAUUGGCAUGAAGUUCACGAAAGUUGGCUACUUGAUGUUCCUAAAAGUUCGAGGAGCUAAAGAAUAGGAAGUAGGUGGCACAACCACUGUACAGUUUAAGGUAAGUAAUACAAAUGAUCCACGUGAUCUUGUAGUAAAUAAGGUCUUAUUCUAUCUGAGUUAGUCCCUGUAUAUUAUUCCAUCCCUCCUACUUUUAUUGCAUCAACCAGCAAUUCUCGUUAGAUUGACUGGCAUAGGGUCAUAUCGACAUGGUGUGAUCCCAAACAAGUGAUCUGAUGUACCUUGUUUUUACUGUAUUUGAGCAAAAUUUUGAUGAAAUAAAGAUGUUGUGACUUGUACGGGAUAUUCAGUGCAUGGCAAGGCUGUUUUUGAGAAGUUCUCUCUCAACAGAACAGAUACUCCUGGAUUGAUAUUGUCUUGGGAUCGAGCAUGAGUAAUUCAUUAAGUUUGCCAGAGGCGUUCGAACUAGGAUUAUUGACCUUUUACCAAGAGUGAAAAAUGAUUUGAGCUCAAAAGGUUCAGUGAGUCUCCAAGAAAAACUCCAAUUUCCAUGGGAAACACCAGAGAGAAAAAAAUGUUUUACUUGCACGCUAAAAUGUGAGACAGGGCAUUAAACUUGGAAGUACCUGCAUACUUUACUUACUUUUUCAACCCUCUUUCCUAUCCAACUCGCAACAAUGGCAGUCAGAGCCACUGUUGGACAAAACCCUAUAGGAGAUGCAGCUUUUUCUGCAGCAUAUGCCAGCCAAAGCAAAGGUUCCCACUUUCGCUCCGGCCUCAUCAG